AUGAAAAAAGAGCAGGAAAUGGAAGUGGCAGAAAAAGAGAAAGGAGACGUUGUCGUCGUUGUAAAUUUGUUUUGUUUAUGUUGCGGUCUCUUUACGCCCAAGAAAAACCAACGCAAUAUUUCAUUACAAAAUUUUAUGAGAUAUACCUACUACUUUAAUUUUGCAGGAAUAUUAAAUGGGCCUGAUAUUAGAUGUUUAAUAAAAGAUCAAGCAUUCAAACAUGCUCUCAAAGUUGACGAGCUUGUCGCAUAUGGCAGUGUUAAAGCUGUCAUUGAAAAUGUUAUUGGUUCAUAUCGGGCCUAA